AUGGAGCGACCUAGCCCCGAGGUAACUAGUGGACCUUCGUUGUCUGGGUCCGGAGGAUCAUUAGAAUGCUCCUCCUCGUCUUCAGUUCCGUCCUUGACUUACUCGGCUAGCACGUCAUCUUUGGCGCAGUCUAACCGCCUUGUCAGGGUCCCCUACUUGAAAAAGAGGGCUCUUGGUCCCCAAGUGGGUUCUUGUCGGCAUUUCAAAAAGCGAGGCACAAGCUGCUCGUCACAAUCCGACAAUGAAGAGCCGGAGCAGGACGCGAUCGGUGCUGCCAAUCUCCGAUACGUUGCGCAGGCGUCGGGUUCCCGGUCCGCGCCAGUAAACGGGGAAAUUAUACUGGUUGACAAGGGCGUUCACGAUCCUGAAAUAACUACAGUCCAAAAUGUUCUGACUGGCGCAGCCUCCAGCCCUUUGCCCCCAAGCCACCAGCACUUUCCUCCUUGGGCCCCGUUCGCCAUAACCGAUUUUGCUGCUCUAUUGAGGCCGCAGGAUGAUCAACGGAGCGCCGAUUCGGCUUUUAAGCCUCGAACGGGAGAGCCUGUCGACGACCCAAGGAAAAGGUUUGGCCUUAGCGAGUGGGCAAGUUUGGGGACACAAUACAGCGCCUCGCCAGCGAAGGAACAUGAAAACCAAGCGGAGGUCUCCGCAACCGGCUCUGAAGAUGUCGACGAGGACGAUGAAUCCGAAGAACUGAGCAUAGAAGAAGUAGUUGCCGGCUGUUUCGGAUCCGAGUCUGCUCGUUUCGCUGUGAGUGCGUUUGAGAAGAUUGCAUCUGAUGGCUUCCCCAGUUUGUCGGGUGUUGGGGAUGUUUCUCGACACUGCCUCAGUGGCACCAACAGCAGUCCGAGUUCAUCUACAGAAGCACAUUUACCUACUCCUGCCAAGACCUCGUCACCCCCGGACAGCGAUAAGCGAAAAACGCCUCCUGGUGGCGGCGGCGGAGACCAAGGAGAAGAUCAGAAUGGCAAAGGCGGUGGUGAUGGAGGAAGGCCAUUCAAACGACCCAAAGGCGAUCCAAAGGCACAAGCACAGGCAAAGCUUCGGUGGGAUUGUCCUUUCGGCAGAACCCCUUCUGGCGUGGCAGGCAAUUCUGCAGGUUGUGCAGAAACAGGCCUACAACUGAAUGAUCUUUGGUAUGUCAUCAUCUACCGCCGACGGACCGCGCUAAUGAGGGUGCCACAGGAUACAUCUGAAACGGAUUCACCUAGGUUGUUCCGACUGUGGGCAGAGAUUCUCUGGCGAGCCCGAUGCUUCACGUCACUAUCACGACAGAUUUAG